UUGUUAAACGCACACGUAUAUUGAAUGCACAUACACUGUAUGCGUUUCCGUGUAAAUGUGCACUAGGUAUUGUAGUGUAUGCGCACGAGUUUACGGUACUUACAUAAACGCAAGAGCCGCUCAUUCAGCACAAUGUUAUUUCAAUGACGAAUUUAAAACGUUUAAUCCAACUUGAAAUUCGACCGGAUCAUUUACUAAAAUAGAUGAUUAAGCCAAUAACAAGACAUGACACUUUACUGUACAUGAACUUAUGAAAGGAUUUACCAACGAAAACAAUUCAACCAGACUUUUGAUUGGCAUUUACGAAAAGGGUGGAAGACUCAAUUAAAUGAAGUUUGAAGUUGACCUUGAUCUCGUCCUCGUGUGGUCAAGCACGACGUCCUAAUUACGACUACGGCGGCAAGGAAUGUACCCCGGGGCGGGCUACGUCAGUAGUACGGACCAAUGGGAGCUGACCGUCCCACCCACUGAAUAGCGUUCGGUUAGAGACGCCCGUCUCCGUAUUCGACCGCCGUUUCGUGCCGCCGGCAUUGCGGAAACAACAGCGGUCGAGACUUGACGCCCGUGUGUACUCUACCGAACUUACAAAACUGACUUAACGAGUUCGCGAUUUAUUUUUUGUCAUUGUCAUGUAAAGUCUAAUAAAGUGUUUGUUUUUAACGUACUUAUAUAAUUAUUUUAUAAUAAAAAAAAAAACUAGUUACUUUAAUUUUUUUUUUUAAUUAUUUAAUUAUUGUUUAAACUUCAUCAUGGAUGCGGAUGAUCCGCGUCUUGCCGAUGAAUACGUGCAAGACUUUGAAUUGGACCAUCUAGACGUAGUGGCUUCUGGAAUUAAACGAGAGACCAAUGAUUAUCAACGUCGGUUACCAUCCAUGCCCAUCAUCGGUGGCGGUGCUGCGAUGGUACAAUCACCACCACCUCACUAUCUGCUCACGCCACCCGGCUGUGAACAAGAGUACUCUGUGUCCCACCAUCACCACAGCCACCAUCAUCCCGGAAUGUUGCUUCACGGUUAUACGCCUGCUGGUGUACUGAUUACCGCUGGUAGUGCGGUCAAGGUGUCCGGGACUGGUUCAAUGAUAUAUCCUAAUACUCCGGGUACGCCACCUGACACACCGCCGGUGAGCUCAUCGCCACCAGCGGCCACGCCGAUUCGACAAUCCAAUUACAUGGAUAACUUGACGGUAUGGUUGUCGCAUCUGAAAGACGGACAAGAACCCAUGCCUCAGACAAGGGAAGGACAAGAGCCGUUAGAUUUGAAAACCAACUACGCGGUGGCUGAAGAGAUGCAACAGCAACAUCAUAAUCAUCAUCCAUCGGUGAACGCGGUGGCUGUAGCCGAAUGGAACAUGGCACAACAUCAACACGAUACUGUAAUUCAACCUAGUAACGGCGGCUGUCUUGGUGUGAGGCCGUAUGGCCGCCAUCAGCAAGUGCCAAUGAGUCCUUCGCCCAGCGGCGGUGGAGGAAUCAUGCAUCAAAUGCACCGGUCAAUGAGUGUGUCCAGUGACAGCGUUAUGUCUCCGAUGAGUUCAAGGGGUGGAUGUCCUCGCGGGGACGGAUCCACCGAUGAACUCAUUAACGAUACAAUGUUACUACAGCUACCUGUCCGAGAUCUCAACAAAAAACUCCAAGGUGUUGACAAGGAACUCGUCAACAAACUUAAGCAAAAAAGAAGAACGCUAAAAAACCGGGGAUACGCUCAAAGUUGCCGGACAAAGCGUAUGAACCAGCGGAUUGAAUUGGAGAACGCAAAUCACGCAUUAGUGAAUGAACUUCAAAAGAUUAAAAUGGAAUUGGCGAGGGUCACUCAAGAGAGAGAUAUGUAUAAACAGCGAUGUUCGGCCCUGACAAACGCCCGAGAAUCCAUGAACGCCGCCGCAACCGCCUCUACCAACAGCAACUCCAAUUCACCCGAACUUUACCUAUGACAGAGGAGGAGGUCGUAUGCGUCAACACUUUGGUUAACAAAGUGUUUGCCGACUCCGGCCAACAGUGGAAGUUCUCGGAUUUCGAGGAUUCAAAACUGAGCUCGCAAAAAUGAUUUACCAUGUGUGUAUACAAGCAAAUGGACAAAUUGAACAAAAUUAAAAUAAUAAGACUAAUAAAGUAAAUUGUUUUUAUACAUACCAGUAGUUUUUAGAAGUUCUUUAGUUUUUGUGUAUAGGGUUAUAUCAUAAAGUUAAAUGUUUGUAAAUUAAUAUAAAUUAAUUGUAAGUUAAAGAAAAAUUUAUAAACUACUAGAUAGAUGUUAUUAUGAGUAACGAUAUUAGCGAGUCUGUAAACUUAAAUAGAAAUUUAAUGUAAGGAAUUCAGUUACCUCUAAUCGAAACUUAAACAAUUCAAUAUAAAUUCGGAUUUAUACUUUUUUCUACUAUAAGCCAAUGUUAUUGACACAUAUGAAUGUGAAGCGUUUAUAGCUCGAAUCAGUACAACUUUAAUUAGUUAUCGAAUGGUAUAUUUUUAAGGCUCUCUAUUAAAGUAAAAAAAAAAGUAAUAAAGCAAUUAAUUAAAAUAUGAAUGUUUGAACAAAAUAAACUAAAAGACAAAACUUUAAUAAUUGUUCCAUUUAAAUUUGUACAAGUUAACGAGUUUGACUAAAACUAAAUUAUAUCCCAAAAUAUAGUUAUUCAUAUUUCAGUAGUCUUUAUUUUUAUUCAAAAACAUUAUUAAAUAUUAUUAAGUUUGACGAAAUUUGGCUGUUUUUGUAUAUUUUGUGUUUGCUUCUAUAUUUUUUCAUGUUUAAAUGACUUUCGUUAUUCUUUUUGAUAGAUCUCAAGGUAACUAAUUCAAUUGCAUAUAAUUUAAUAAACAUAUAAAAGUUUUCAUAUACAUAAUUUUUUUUAUUAAAAAAAACUUGUUCUCAUGUUAUGAGUACAUUACAUUUUACCUUAAAUCUCUUGUACCAACAAACCAUUUUAAUAUGAAUCAAGUGACACACCAAUAAGAAAUCGAUGUAGCUCUUCACGUAUUAUUACUCUUUAGCAAAUCAAAUUAUUUGUGUACCUUAUGUGUUCGACUGAAAAAGUGUCCUAUGGCAAAGUUUGUCUAUACGCAGUAUCCAAAAUGAUUGCAUGAAAACACAUAAAAGUUAUAGCUCGUGCAAUUAUCAAUGUAAAAAUACGAAAAUAUAAAGAAACAUUAAACAUUUCUAUGAAUAUUGUACGAUUUCUAUAGAAUGAUCAAUUAACAUGUUUCAAAUGUAACCAUAGAUUUUUUUUUCUGGAGUUUUUUCAAUAGGAAUACUUGCCGUAGUACAAUUUUUACGCAAUAACUUUAAGCAUGUAAAUUCAAUUUUUAGUUUUUAAGUCUAUUUAUAAAUCAUGUUUUUUUGUUUUUGUUUAUACCUGAAUUGUUGUAUAUUUUUUAAUAUCUUUGUUUUUUUUUUUUUUUUAACUUUUAUUGAUUAUUGAAAAAUUGUUUAUGAAAACCAUUUUUGUAGAAACUGAAAUUUUGAUGGAUAAUUAUUUGAUAAGUGAAAUAUUUUGAUGUUGAUGUUAAUCAAGUACGAGUAAAUGGGUUCUAAAUAUAUGUUAU